AUGGACUACCGCGUCGAAGGUGAGACUAUAACGCCCGAAGGUUUUGAGGCGCGAGAGUGGGCUCCGGUGCUGAAGGCACACGACCGAUUUGAGAAGACUUUGUGUGGCGACAAUGCCAAGACAUGCCUCGUGUUCGCAGGUACGGCCUGCCUGUUGCCCUUUCUGACGGUGCACAUGCGUCAGCUUGGACUGAGCGUUGAGGAGACCGCCAUAAUAUACAGCAUCGUGCCGUUCGCUCAGCUGCUGGGACCGUACGCAGCGACCUUCUUGGGAGACAAGUACGGCAGUUACAAGUGCGCGCUGCUGGGUUGCCUGAUGCUGACCGCGCUAUCUGGCACCAGCCUGCUAUUGGUGCCACAGGCCCUGGGUCCCCCCGUGCCUCCACCCGCGAUUCACCUGCACUGUGGCCCGUCGUUUGAGCUCGAGGUGGUGGUAGACCACUGCGGUGACGAGCAUGGGGCAUGUCCCGAGCCCUCGCCGGGACUGGCGCUACCCGUGCUGCUCUCGGACUGUCGCCCCGAGUGCCCGGACACCGAGUGGCUUCAUGCCAUCGACGAGACGGGCAUCUGCUUCGCGGACGACCACGGUAACAAGGAGUGUCACGUGGUGAGCGAGAAUGACACGCUGGCGCGCAGCACGUCUCUCGGCCUCUACCUGGAGCCUGCCCGGGAUCCUGACCUGCUGUGCCUGCACCCGGUGACGGCCAUCACGUGGGAGAGCAGGAUAUUUCACAACGUGUCCUGCCUGAAACAUCUUCCAGACCAGGACCACACCAACUGCUCGCUCAAGUGCACCGUCGAGGACACCGAGGAAGUGGACGCCGUGUCGGCCGCCGAUUUCUGGCACGCCGAAUGCACGCCGCCCGAAGGCAGUGACCGCCGCAUCACCAUCUCGGUUUACUUCGUGCUGCGGAUCAUAUUUCAGGUGCUCGUCUCCAUAUGCUUCACACUGCUGGACGCCACCACUGUGUCGAUGGUGCACGCCCACGAGGGACGCUUUGCGUGGCAGCGCUUCUGGGCCAUCGUGGGCUCGGUAUUCUGCGCGCCGCUGUCGGGGUUCUUCAUCGACCUGAGCAGCGAGCACGUGGUCACGGGUUUCGACUACUCGCCCGCUUUCUACAUGUUCAACGUGUUCACUGUGCUCACGGCAAUCUUCACGUAUGUACUGGAAAUCCAGGUGGCCACUCCCGGCAGGAACGUCUUCUACAAGGCGCGGCGACUCAUGAAGCAGCCGCCAUUCUUGAGCCUCUUCUUGUUUGUGCUCUGCCUCGGAAGCGUCUACGGCUUCCUCGAGUACUUUCUGUUCUGGUACCUGCUCGACCUCGGUGCGGCCAACUACCUCCUCGGGCUGACCAUAUCUGUCGGCGGGUUCGCCGGCUUUUUAUUUCUUUACGAAACCAAGUGGUUUAUGGACAAGUUGGGCGUCGUCAACAUCAUCGCCCUCUCCGGCCUGGUUUACUGCGCCCGGUUAGUGGGCUACUCGUACAUUGGCCAACACCCGUUGUGGUGCAUUCCCCUUGAAGGACUUGAAGCCAUGACGUUUCACCUUCUGUGGGUAGCCAUCGGCACCUACGGUACGCAGAUUGCGCCCAGGGGACUCAAGCCAACUGUACAGAGCUGCGUCGGGGGUAUUUACUUCGGCCUCGGUCGCAGCACGGGCAGCCUGGUGGGCGGCACCGCCAUGUACUUCCUAGGAGCCGAGACUGCCUUCCGCAUCAUGGGUGGAGUUGCCGCGCUGGCCUCGGCAUCGUACGGCUGCUUUUGCUGCUUCCAGCGCAUCGCUUCACGCACUGUAGGGAGGCAGCCGCCUGCAAACGUCGAUAAAACAUCUUCACCGGUCGCUUCAACCAGCAACGAGGGCGACAAGGCACACGAUGAAGGCCGCGUGGAACCCGAAGGCUCGUAACAAGACCUCUCUUGAUACAAUGUGCCGUCUGCCCCCAAGUCCUUCCCGCCAGGCAGAAGGACAACUGGAAAGUCAGUGUGCCGUCAAGAUGGCAACCACUUUGCUUUCUGUACAGGAAGUGUCUCAUGGAAUACCCUGCAGUGACUCACGUGCAAGACUCUCAGAUACCUCGGCCCGUUAUGGCACUCAGAUUGGACAUAUAGACUCUCACGGAGAUCACCCGCGAUCGUAGGCUUCCUUGUCUGCAAGUGCCUUCAGCCUAGGCUGUGCCGUGUUAGCGUUCGACCAACGGUCCCUGUUCUGGUGCACAUUCGCAAGACUUGCAGCGGCCGAUGUCGUUAGGGUAAGAUGCUGACGACGUAGCUGUCAUGGGCGUAUACUUGCGACUAUGAACUUCGCAUGGCGCUCUACGAUGAAAUCGUCGUUUUUUUUUUUUUGUUCAACAUCUUAUAGUUCCUUACUCCUUGGAGCGAUAUCAAAUGAAGCACACUGAAUCACAGUACAAUAAUGCGCUGUACUGCCAGAGCAACCAGUAUUUCGUUGCACUGCGAACUUGAAUGCGGCGCUCCGAAGAUGGUGUUGCAACAGCGACCACGUGCAGGACCAACGUGACCAAAAUGGAUGUGGGUCAACGCACUCGUUGGCAACAGCUUCUGAUGAUGGCAUUUCAGUUACGUUCACGUGUACGAUAAAUCGGACUUAUAGAGAUA